UAAGGAUGAUGGGAUUGAAAUGGCCGCGUUCUUGUCUGUAAACAAAUGUGCGUAGUGUUAACGAAAGCUGCGUUGUUGGUUGAUUUAACAGUUUUCCUCUUAAAAACGCAGCUUCCCUUCUUUUUCAGGCGUACGAAAUCUUCUUCAGUCUAACCAUGAUGGAUGAUGACAUGUCCAUGCACAGGUUGGAAGGGACAGAUUCAUCUGCUCAAAUUAGUGGACUAAUAGUGAAGAAGAAGAGUGCUGCUGCAGAACCUCAUGUUUUUCGGGCGCCGACCCCACGUACCUCUGUACUGGGCCUGGAUCUUUUGGCAGCCCAGAAAAGGAAGGAGCGUGAGACUAAGGAUCAACCAGAUUUACAUGAUGACAGAAAGAAAUCAAAAGUUUCAUCCUACAAGGACUGGGAAGAAAAUAAAAGUGAUUCAGGUUCUGAUGAUGAAGACGACGAUACAAACAGAGGGGCUAAGAAAGAAAGGAAAUAUCGCGUUACUGGAUCAGAGACACCAUCCAACCCUGGAGGAGUCAGCGAAGAGUUCCGUCGCAGACAUCAGCAGAGAGAAAAGGAAAGACGUGAGCAUGGAGUCUACACCUCCUCUAAAGAGGACAGAAACAGAGAACCAGACCGAGAAAGGAACAGAGACAAAGACAAAAACCGACUGAGCAAAAAAGAUGAACGACAGGGCAGCCAGAGCCGCGGCAGCAGCCGGUCAGAGCGUUGGGAGCACAGUGAGAGAAGCGAACGCUCACAGAGAGACGACUGGUCUGAGCGCAUCAGCCGUGGCAGUAAGAGAGAUGAACCAGCUACACCACAGCAGCGACCUAGAGAUUCUUCCACACCCUCACGUUCUAACUGGGACGAGGAUGACAGCGGUUAUGCCAGUACACGACAUUCCCAGUGGGAGUCUCCAUCUCCAGCUCCUUCUCACAGAGAGUCGGAUCGGUCAGAGCGAAGCCAUCGAUCUGGUCGAGAAAGUGAGAGGAGAGACCGGUCAGUCAGAGGCAGCUACCCUGAUGACACACCACUUCCCACACCAUCCUACAAGUACAACGAGUGGGCCAAUGAUAGGAAACAUUUAGGUUCUACACCUCGCUUGUCACAAGGAAAAGGAAAGAGGGAAGAUGGCGAGGGAGGAAUUGUGUUUGAUAAUGUGGACGAGAAAGAACAGUGGGAAGAGGAUCAAAAGCAACUUGACAGAGAUUGGUACAUGGAAGAUGAAGGCUACGAUGAGUUCCGCAAUCCUUUCACCUCCAUUUCUGAUGAUUAUGUGAAGAAGAGAGAGCAGAUUCUGCAGAAGCAAACUCAAAAACGAAUAUCUGCUGUGAAACGACAAAUCAAUGAGGAUAAUGAGCGGUGGGAGACAAAUCGUAUGUUGACCAGUGGUGUGGUGCAGAGGUUAGAGGUGAAUGAAGACUUUGAGGAAGACAAUGCCACAAAGGUUCACUUACUGGUUCACAACCUGGUUCCUCCUUUCCUGGAUGGACGAAUAGUCUUCACUAAACAGCCAGAGCCUGUGAUCCCGGUGAAAGAUGCUACCUCUGACAUGGCCAUCAUCUCUAGGAAGGGCAGCCAACUUGUCCGUAAACAUCGUGAGCAGAAAGAGCGCAAGAAGGCACAGCACAAACAUUGGGAAUUGGCAGGUACCAAACUGGGUGAUAUCAUGGGCAUCAAGAAGACAGAAGACAGUGAUGAAUCAGGGGGGAAGGUGGUAGGCGAGGAUGGAAAAGUGGACUACAGAGCAGAGCAGAAAUUUGCAGAGCACAUGAAAGAGAAGUCUGAGGCCAGCAGUGAGUUUGCCAAGAAAAAAAGCCUUCUGGAACAGAGACAGUAUCUACCUAUUUUUGCUGUCCGACAGCAGCUCCUCAACAUUAUAAGGGACAACAGUAUAGUGAUUGUUGUCGGGGAGACGGGCAGUGGAAAGACCACCCAGCUGACGCAGUACCUUCAUGAAGAUGGCUACACCAGCUAUGGCAUGGUGGGAUGCACUCAGCCCCGGAGAGUGGCAGCCAUGAGCGUGGCCAAGAGAGUGAGUGAAGAGACAAGCAGUAACCUGGGAGAGGAGGUGGGGUACGCAAUCCGAUUUGAGGAUUGCACGUCUGAGAAAACGUUGAUUAAAUACAUGACAGAUGGUAUCCUACUCAGAGAGUCCCUAAGAGAGUCAGACCUCGACCACUACAGUGCUGUUAUCAUGGACGAGGCUCAUGAACGCUCCCUGAAUACAGAUGUGCUGUUCGGCUUGCUGCGUGAGGUUGUAUCUCGGCGUACUGAUUUGAAACUCAUAGUCACAUCUGCAACAAUGGACUCAGACAAAUUUGCAGCAUUUUUUGGCAAUGUCCCAAUAUUCCAUAUCCCAGGAAGAACGUUCCCUGUGGAUAUCUUGUUUAGCAAGACUCCUCAGGAGGACUACGUGGAGGCAGCAGUAAAACAGGCCCUGCAGAUCCACCUCAGUGGUAUGGCUGGAGACAUUCUUAUCUUUAUGCCUGGUCAGGAGGACAUUGAGGUGACGUCAGACCAGAUCGUGGAGCGUUUAGAGGACUUAGAGAACGCUCCUGCUUUGGCUGUGUUGCCAAUCUAUUCCCAGCUGCCUUCUGAUCUCCAGGCUAAGAUUUUUCAGAAGGCUCCAGAUGGUGUGAGGAAAUGUAUUGUUGCCACAAACAUUGCUGAGACAUCACUCACUGUUGAUGGAAUCAUGUUUGUCAUAGAUUCAGGAUACUGCAAGCUCAAGGUUUUCAAUCCACGUAUUGGUAUGGAUGCUCUGCAGGUUUAUCCCAUCAGUCAGGCCAAUGCCAACCAGCGUGCUGGGAGAGCAGGGCGCACAGGACCAGGACAAUGCUACCGGCUCUACACUCAGAGUGCCUUUAAGAAUGAGAUGCUGACCACCACUAUUCCAGAGAUCCAGAGGACAAACCUGGCUAAUGUUGUGCUGUUGCUGAAAUCUCUGGGAGUUCAGGAUUUGCUCCAGUUCCACUUCAUGGAUCCUCCACCUGAGGACAACAUGCUCAACUCAAUGUACCAGCUGUGGAUCCUAGGGGCUCUGGAUAACACAGGUGCUUUGACACCAACAGGCCGUCUAAUGGUAGAGUUUCCUCUUGACCCGGCACUGUCCAAGAUGCUGAUUGUGUCCUGUGAUAUGGGCUGCAGUGCUGACAUACUCAUCAUCGUCUCCAUGCUGUCUGUGCCAGCCAUCUUUUACAGACCUAAGGGUCGUGAAGAGGAGAGUGACCAGGUGAGAGAGAAGUUCUCAGUCCCUGAGAGUGACCACCUCACGUACCUCAAUGUCUACAUGCAGUGGAAGAACAACAAUUACUCCAGCAUCUGGUGCAACGACCACUUCAUUCACACCAAAGCCAUGCGCAAGGUGCGUGAGGUGCGUUCUCAGUUGAAGGACAUCAUGGUGCAGCAGAGGAUGAACAUGGUUUCUUGCGGCUCAGACUGGGACAUCAUCAGAAAGUGUAUCUGUGCCGCUUACUUCCACCAGGCUGCCAAACUCAAGGGCAUUGGUGAAUAUGUGAACGUGAGAACAGGUAUGCCAUGUCACCUCCAUCCUACCAGCUCCCUCUUUGGGAUGGGCUACACACCUGAUUACAUAAUCUACCAUGAGCUGGUCAUGACCACAAAGGAGUAUAUGCAGUGUGUCACUGCAGUGGAUGGAGAGUGGCUGGCUGAACUUGGACCCAUGUUUUAUAGCAUCAAGCAUGCAGGAAAAAGCAGACAGGAGAACCGCCGCCGAGCCAAGGAAGAGAUCAACAACAUGGAGGAGGAGAUGUCCCUUGCAGAGCAGCAGCUUCGGGCACGUCGAGAGGAGCAGGAGAGGAGCAGCAUGGGCAGCGUUAGGACCUGGAAAAUCUGCACCCCAGGAAGAAGAGAGGAGGCCCCCAUGACACCCAGACGCACCCCUGCUCGCUUUGGAUUGUAGAACACAACCUGAAAGAAAUUCCACUGUUGUCAAUACAUACUUUUGUCUGACUGCUUAUCACAACAUCAAGAUACUUACCAUUUCCACUGCAGCAGACUGGUAAAGUCAGACUCCGGCAGGAACAGUCAGAGCUGGAACCUGGAGCUGCACAGUGUAUAGGAUAAACCUGUCAGCUGAGACAGGCAAGCUGACUGAAAACUGAUUGGCUUGGAUUCACUGUUCGCCCCAACAGCUGCAGCACAAGCAAACGUGUCUCACAGUUUGGCCCAAAUGAGCUGCAGUUCCUCCAAAGAACACUAGAGUGAGAACUUGUAUAAGGCUCAAAGCGGAGUGUUGCUUGAGGUCCAUCAGAUUGACUCCCUGUUUCUCAUCCACUGCUGUCUUUAUUUCUUUGAUAUUUCAUGUAGGAAUAAAGGACAUUUGGUGUCCUUUCAUUGUUUCAGUGAUCGUUUUAACUGCAGUCUUUGCGGAAGUGUUUUAUAGACGUGUACAUGUUGUCAUUCUUAUAGCUGAGCAUGAAAACUUUUUAAUUUGGUGCAUUUUGUCUGUGCUUAGUGUAUCGUCAGAGGGUUUGUGUGUUUGAUUCUGUGCUACAACUAGUUUUUGGUGUAUUGUGGGUUGAGCAGUGUGGGCUCCUCCUCAAACUGUAUGUGGACAUGAAUGUGUUCAGAGUUGUACUGUAGAACCACACGUUUUCUCUUGUACUAUUUCUGGGCUUUUUCUUCCCCCACAACACAGUGCGCCUCAGCCAUUCUCUACACCACUGGUUGUCAUUCCUGUUACACAGGACCCCAAGUAUUGCACAUUCCACUUCUCCCUGCAUAUAGUAAGUGAAUCAGGUGUGUUCCAUUGCUUGGCCAGCUAUUGAGUACAUGUGACUGACCUCACAGAGUUUAAAAAAGAAAAAAAGAUGCGCUUACUCGUAUUUCAGCAGUAUACUUUUGUGCCAUCUUGUAUAAGGAAUUGCCACACUUUUGGAUGUGUUUGUGUUUUGGGCUGAAAAUCGAUCAUUAUAAAUUAACUCCAGUAGUAGACUUCUCUUUUGAGAACUACAUUAGGUACAGUAAGUGAUAUUUAUAACUUUCGGUGCUUCAAAGUGGAAUAUUUAUGAUUAUGAUCACUUCAAACUUCAAACACAGGUAAUCUGGCUGUGGCAGUGUUAUGAUUCUGAAGCACUUCAUAUUUAGCCAGUCAACUGGAUGACUGGCUGGUUCCUUUCCCAAGUUUUUGUGAUGUAAGCAGUAAGCACAUUGCUUUGUUUUCACUGUUUAAUGUCAUUCAAUUCCUUAAACAAGAUGGCAGUCCAAACUGCUCCUUACUAGCUGGUUCAAUGGAGGACUAUGUCCACUUAAAAGGGUUUUAUUUUAUUAUUUUUUUGAAUUAAUCUGUAUGACUGAGCUGAACAGGUCUGUGUAGAUCAGAGACAAAUGGAAAAUGUGCUCUGAGUCUCAAGAAGUAUGAUUGAGAACCACUGCAAUACACAAAAUACCAUAUUGCCCUAUUAAAGGUUCAUGGUCUUUGUGCUUACAAAAACAAGCAGUUUGUGACUUGUUUCCAGGUAAAUGUGUAAAUAAGUUACAUUUAUUGACGCUUCGUCACACUUUUGCUGAUUGCUACAAAAUGUAACUGUAAACAGAGCAGCCUAAUACCUUUGCAUAGCUACAGUGCUUUUGUUUUGUUGACUUUUUUAAGUAAUUUGUAAAUGGAAAACUAAUUUUGCUUUUUUGUUUAUUUUAUUUAUUUUUUUAUUAUAGUGUAUAGGUCCUGUGACUUAUACUGCUGUCCGAAGCAUACUCCCAAAAAUAUGGUAUAUAUUUGAACCUACAUUUUAAGUCUUCUUGUGACAUGACGUAGCCCUCAUGACUGAUCACCUGUAAUUUAUCCUGGUCCCAAGGGAUGCUCAAGGAUCUUACCUUCUUACACAUAGCCUAAUGGAUCAGUCAGGUGUCUGUUGGCUCUUGAUUGUCCUGAGCACAACUGAAUGAGCUGAUCAGCUUUCACCACAGCAGGGAUAGAUGAAAAAUGUGCAGGUUAGGGGUCCCUGAGGACCGGAAUUGGGAACCACUACAUUAAACU